UGCAGCGAUCAUAUCGGCGAAAGCAAAGCAAGCGAGAGAAGGGGAAACAGAUCGAAUUAGGAGGUGGUCGCACGCUGCCUUCUCUUUCUUUCUAACCUUUCGAACGCGCAAAAUGCUGCUUUCCCGUGUCCUCCCCUCGAACACCACGCUCCUCCCCGCCUCUUCCCAUGCUCGCGCAGCCCCUCUCCGGUACCGCCACGUCCCUGCCGGAGGCGGUGCCAUUACCGUCCCUGUUCGCCGCAGUUUUGCCAUGACCAUCCGAGCCCGGGACUCCGCCCCUGUUCUUGAUGUCGAGCCGCAGCCGCUUAAGCUCCUCGACCGCCGCACCAAGCUCAAGAUCGCCGUCAUCGGCUUCGGCAACUUCGGCCAGUUCCUUGCCCGCACCUUCGCCGCCCAAGGCCAUGAGAUACUCGCCUACUCGCGCACCGAUUACUCCGACACCGCCCGCUCCCUCGGUGUGGCAUUUUUCGACGACCAGAACGACCUCUGCGAGCAACAGCCCGACGUCGUCCUCCUCUCCACCUCCAUCCUCUCCGCCGAGGCCGUGCUCCGGUCUCUGCCCAUCCAGCGUCUCCGCCGCAGCACGCUGUUCGUCGACGUCCUCUCCGUCAAAGAGUUCCCCAAAAACCUCUUCCUCCAGCUGCUUCCCCCGGACUUCGACAUCCUGUGCACGCAUCCCAUGUUCGGCCCCGACAGCGGCAAGCACGGCUGGGCCGGGCUCCCGUUCGCCUACGACAAAGUCCGGAUCGGUGACUCCGACGACCGGGUCGAGCGGUGCCGCGCGUUCCUCGAGAUCUUCGAUCGGGAGGGCUGCCGGAUGGUCGAGAUGUCGUGCGCGGAGCACGACGAGACGGCGGCAGAGAUCCAGUUCUUGACGCACACCAUCGGCAGGGUGCUCGCGAAGCUGGACCUCAAGUCCACGCCCAUCAACACCAAAGGUUACGAGACCCUACUAAAUCUGGUGCAGAACACCUGCAGCGACAGCUACGAGCUCUACAAUGGGCUGUUCAUAUACAACAAGAACUCCACCGAGCUGAUCGAGAAGCUGAACGGCGCCUUGGACACCACGAAGAAGGAGCUAUUUGAGCGCUUGCAUGGCAUAUUCAGGAAGCAGCUGUUCGAGGGCUCAGCUAGAAAAUUCGCCGGCGGGGACAACGCAAAACGUAGCCAAACAACGAAAACGAAUACGAAAACAGAGUGCAUCAGGAGGUGGCCGCCUACUGGUCUUGUCUUCCGGUCUAACCUUUGUGUCACGCAAAUGCUGCUCUCCGGUGUCCUCCCCUCAAACACCACCCUCCUCCCCACCUCUUCCCACAUUCGCGUUGCCCCUCUCCGGUACCGCCACGUCUCUGCCGGCGGUGCCAUUACCAUCCCCGUUCUCCGCCGUUCGGCCAUGACCAUCCAAGCCCGUGAGGCCGCCCCUGUUCUUGAUAUCGAGCCGCAGCCACUUAAGCUCCUCGACCGCCGCACCAAGCUCAAGAUCGCCGUCAUCGGCUUCGGCAACUUCGGCCAGUUCCUUGCCCGCACCUUCGCCGCCCAAGGCCAUGAAAUACUCGCCUACUCGCGCACCGACUACUCCGACACCGCCCGCUCCCUCGGUGCGGCAUUUUUCGACAACCAGCACGACCUCUGCGAGCAGCACCCGGACGUCGUCCUCCUCUCCACCUCCAUCCUCUCCGCCGAGGCCGUUCUCCGGUCCCUACCCAUUCAGCGCCUCCGCCGUAGCACGCUCUUCGUUGACGUCCUCUCCGUCAAGGAGUUCCCCAGGAACCUCUUCCUCCAGCUGCUGCCCCCGGACUUCGACAUCCUGUGCACGCAUCCCAUGUUCGGCCCCGAGAGCGGCAAGCACGGGUGGGCCGGCCUCCCUUUCGUCUACGACAAAGUCCGGAUCGGCGAUUCCGACGACCGCAUCGAGCGGUGCCGCGCAGUCCUCGAGAUCUUCGAGCGAGAAGGCUGCCGCAUGGUCGAGAUGUCGUGUGCGGAGCACGACGAGACGGCGGCAGAGAUCCAGUUCUUGACGCACACCAUCGGCAGGGUGCUCGCGAAGCUGGACCUCAAGUCCACGCCCAUCAACACCAAAGGUUACGAGACCCUACUAAAUCUGGUGCAGAACACCUGCAGCGACAGCUACGAGCUCUACAAUGGGCUGUUCAUAUACAACAAGAACUCCACCGAGCUGAUCGAGAAGCUGGACGACGCCUUGGACACAAUGAAGAAGGAGCUAUUCCAACGCUUGCACGGCAUCUUUAGGAAACAGCUGUUUGAGAGCUCGGGUAGAAGGUCCAUCGAUGCGGGCAAAUGAAGCGUAAAGCUUAACCAGAGUCGAUUUGGUCGUAGAUCUACCGGAGUUGCAGAGGAUAAAUUGCUUUUCUGUAGAUAAUAAAUUGCUUCUUUGGUAUCUCGCAAUAAUCCACUCGAAGGAAACACAAGAGAUGUCAAGUUCUUCAUCAACCAAAUAAUAGUUCUUCAUCAAACAAAACCAAAACUUCUCACACUAUUAACCUACAGAGUUCGCGAUGUACACGUUAGCUAAUAAUUUAUUGAGCUACAUUGGCAUUCCGCCCUCGAUGCCA